GCGGCGCGCGCCGCGGUCAGCUGAUUGCUCCGGCUGGCACGUGACUUGCUCCGUAGACGUCGGGGUCGUGAAAGCCGUGGGGCCGGAGCUUAGGUCCGGGAGGGAUGGAGCGCUGAGCCGUUAACGUCUGCCGGGCUGUCCGCCUCCGUACCUGUUAGUGCAGCCACUUCGUCGUUUGACAUCUUCCUGGGUCUUUGAGAGAAGGUAGAUGAAAAUGCUAUUCAUUGUAAAGAGUCCCUUUUGAUUUGGAAAGAAACACUUGGUAACAAAUAUGACUGAGUUCUGGCUUAUAUCUGCUCCUGGGGAGAAAACAUGUCAGCAAACAUGGGAGAAAUUGCAUGCAGCAACUACAAAAAACAAUAAUCUUGCUAUUACUUCAAAAUUUAACAUUCCUGACUUAAAGGUUGGCACACUGGAUGUCUUGGUUGGUUUGUCGGAUGAACUGGCUAAACUGGAUGCAUUUGUAGAAGGGGUGGUUAAGAAAGUGGCUCAGUAUAUGGCUGAUGUAUUGGAAGAUAGUAAAGAUAAAGUUCAGGAGAAUCUGUUGGCCAACGGAGUUGACUUGGUUACUUAUAUAACAAGGUUUCAGUGGGACAUGGCUAAAUACCCAAUCAAGCAGUCCCUGAAAAAUAUUUCUGAAAUAAUUGCCAAGGGAGUGACUCAGAUUGACAAUGACCUGAAAUCUAGAGCAUCCGCAUAUAAUAACUUGAAAGGGAAUCUUCAGAAUUUGGAACGGAAGAAUGCAGGAAGUUUGCUAACUAGAAGUUUAGCAGAAAUUGUGAAGAAGGAUGACUUUGUUCUUGAUUCAGAGUAUCUCGUCACAUUACUGGUCGUGGUUCCCAAGUUAAACCACAACGACUGGAUUAAGCAGUAUGAAACACUAGCUGAAAUGGUAGUUCCAAGGUCUAGCAAUGUACUCUCAGAGGACCAAGACAGUUACCUUUGCAAUGUCACCUUGUUUAGGAAGGCAGUUGAUGACUUCAGACACAAAGCCAGGGAAAACAAAUUCAUCGUUCGUGACUUCCAGUAUAAUGAAGAAGAGAUGAAAGCAGAUAAAGAAGAAAUGAACAGGCUUUCUACUGACAAGAAAAAGCAGUUUGGACCACUUGUACGGUGGCUGAAAGUAAAUUUCAGUGAGGCGUUUAUUGCGUGGAUUCAUGUGAAAGCGUUGAGAGUUUUUGUUGAGUCUGUCUUAAGGUAUGGCUUGCCCGUGAACUUCCAAGCAAUGCUCCUUCAGCCCAAUAAGAAAACAAUGAAGAAACUAAGAGAAGUAUUAUAUGAAUUGUAUAAACAUCUAGACAGCAGUGCGGCAGCUAUUAUUGAUGCUCCUAUGGAUAUUCCAGGCUUAAACCUGAGUCAGCAGGAAUACUACCCCUAUGUGUACUACAAGAUUGAUUGCAACUUGCUGGAAUUCAAGUAAAAAAGAGCUCCUUCCCAGACAAUCCUGUCCUUGUGUUGGUGUAUUCUAACAGAAAUAGGUUACAGUAUGACAGUACUUUUAACUCUCUAUUGUCCUUUGCUUGCUUCUGACCCCCCUCUCCUAGGUGAGUUCUUCUGUAGUGGUCCAUUUCUCAGUAUUUUCUUGUUCAAGGAGAAUAGAUGUCUUAUUUCUUUUUAUUGAUCAGGUCUGUAAAUGUGUACUAAAAAAAAAAAAAUCAGAGUUUAUUUAUAAACAGAAUAGUUUAUUUAAAGACAAGGUCUUUCCUCAUUGUGGUAUGCAUUAAUUCCAUUUGUUACUGUUGUGCACAAAAACCUUGUUUACAAGGGAAUGGUAAACGUUUAUACCAUUUUGUUCACUGUAUUUAGUAGACAUAAUUGUUUAAUAGUGACUGAAUGAUGAUGUAAAGAAAUGUGACAAUAUUCAGGUAUGUGCUUUCUGAAUGUUUCAAAUUACAAUCUGUGAGCACUGUUGACACCCACAGGAGAGAAUAAAAUGACCUGUGCAAAGGUGCAUUGUGGUGUGUGUAACUUUGGAAGGUGACAGUUGAGUUUGCGAGUUUGAUAAAUGAUAUUGUAGCUAACUUGCUGUCCCACUUGCAGGGUUUUGUUAUGUAUGGAGUGUCGACCAUUUGGGUCUGACUCGGGUAUGAUUUAAGUGUGCCAAAUCUGGGUCCCAGCACAAAUGUAAAGAUUAUUUUUCAACAUAUGACGGAUAUUUACAUUUGGACACUAGACUUUGAGUUCGCUCAAAUUAAGAGAAGGGCCAACUUUGAAUAAAGUAUAGCAAAACUGUG